AUGACCUCCGAGGCGGAUGCAAUUAAGACAGAAAUUUUUGGUGAGAACUUGAGUGCAGCAAAAGCUAUGAGGAUUGAAUACCAACUAGACGUGGGGAAAUCCAACAAGGAUAACAUUGUGCUGAUAAUGGACUAUGCUCAGAACCUUACACUACCGCAUGUGCCUGACGUUCCGUCUAGCUGA